UGUUAGGCCGGGGAUCCGCCCCUACUCUGUUACAACCUUGGAGUUUGCUGGGAAGGGAAUCUCCGGGGUACGGGUGCGCCUAGCUCCACCUUCUGUCUUCGCAUUAACCAAUAAGGUCGUUGAUGCCAGGGCAAGUUAGGUAGAGCCCCCUGGAAGGGCGCUGGGUUGCUCCGUGCCGUAGUGGAACGGAGUGGAGGGCUGUAUCGGGUUGGCUCAGGGUUUGGAAGGGCAGGGGAGUGCAAGGUGAUGAGCGGCACACUGUAGGAAGUGUAUAAGCAGGCAAGCGUCAACCAUAGCAAUAGAUAAACUGUACAUACGCAAGGUGCUUAUCUUGGGGUUCACGCCUUGACAGGACAUGGAAGGGCCCUCACAGGAAGGUGACCUGCUCACUGUGAAGCACGAACUGCGGACAGCAAACUUAACAGGACACACAGAAAAAGUUGGCCUUGAAAACUUUGAACUAUUGAAAGUCCUUGGAACCGGAGCAUAUGGCAAAGUAUUUCUGGUGCGAAAAAUCAGCGGCCAUGACUCUGGGAAGCUUUAUGCAAUGAAAGUAUUAAAAAAGGCAACUAUCAUCCAAAAAGCAAAGACGGCAGAACACACAAGAACAGAACGACAAGUGUUGGAACAUAUAAGGCAAUCGCCUUUCCUUGUUACACUUCAUUAUGCUUUUCAGACAGACACAAAACUUCAUCUCAUUUUGGAUUAUAUUAAUGGUGGAGAGCUCUUCACUCAUUUAUCCCAGAGAGAGAAGUUCACUGAAAAUGAGGUGCUGGUAUAUAUUGGUGAAAUUGUUCUGGCACUUGAACAUUUACAUAAGCUUGGAAUAAUCUACCGGGAUAUAAAACUUGAGAACAUACUUCUAGACUCCAGUGGACACGUGGUGUUAACAGAUUUUGGACUUAGUAAAGAGUUUCUGUCUGAUGAAAAUGAAAGGGCAUAUUCUUUUUGCGGGACUAUAGAGUAUAUGGCACCAGAGAUUGUCAAAGGAGGUGAUUCAGGACAUGACAAGGCGGUAGACUGGUGGAGUUUAGGUGUCCUAAUGUAUGAGUUAUUGACUGGAGCAUCCCCUUUUACUGUUGAUGGAGAGAAAAAUUCUCAGGCUGAAAUUUCUAGGAGGAUAUUAAAAAGUGAACCCCCUUAUCCUCAAGAAAUGAGUGAAGCUGUGAAAGAUAUAAUUCGGUGCCUUUUAUUAAAGGAUCCCAAGAAGCGAUUGGGAUGUGGACCAGAUGGAUGCGAUGAAAUAAAAAAGCAUCCCUUCUUUAAGAGUUUUAAUUGGGAUGACUUGGCUGCUAAAAAAAUACCUGCACCAUUUAAACCCAUAAUUAAAGAUGAAUUGGAUGUUGGAAAUUUUGCAGAGGAAUUUACAGAGAUGGAUCCCACAUACUCCCCUGCUGCUUUGCCUAUGAACGCAGACAGGAUAUUUCAGGGCUAUUCUUUUGUAGCACCUUCUAUCCUGUUUAGGCCCAAUGCUGCUAUAGCAGAUCCCUUGCAGUACCAUUUGGGGAUUGAACGUCCUGGCACUACAUCUAUAGCAAGAAGUGCAAUGAUGAAGGACUCUCCUUUUUAUCAGCAUUAUGAACUGGAUCUCAAAGACAAACCACUGGGUGAGGGAAGUUUUUCCAUAUGCCGCAAAUGCUUGCAUAAAAAAACAAACCAAGAGUAUGCAGUGAAAAUCGUCAGCAAACGUAUGGAAAGCAACACUCAGAGAGAAAUUGCAGCCAUGAAGCUAUGUCAGAGUCACCCAAAUAUAGUCAAAUUGUGUGAUGUUUUCCACGAUCAGCUUCACACAUUCUUAGUAAUGGAGUUACUGAAAGGAGGCGAAUUGUUUGAACGCAUCAAGAAAAAGAAAUUAUUUAGUGAGACAGAAGCAAGCCAUAUCAUGCGCAGACUUGUCUCAGCUGUCAGUCAUAUGCACGAUGUUGGAGUAGUCCAUAGAGAUCUGAAACCUGAGAAUUUUCUAUUCACCGAUGAAAGUGAUAACUCUGAGAUAAAAAUUAUAGAUUUUGGGUUUGCCCGAUUAAAGCCACCUGACAAUCAGCCACUGAAAACGCCAUGUUUUACUCUUCAUUAUGCUGCACCUGAACUUUUAAAUGAAAACGGCUAUGAUGAAUCAUGUGAUUUGUGGAGCCUGGGAGUCAUUCUGUAUACCAUGCUGUCAGGUCAAGUGCCCUUCCAGUGUCACGGAAAGACCCUGCAAUGUACAAGUGCUGAAGAUAUAAUGAAGAAAAUAAAACAAGGUGAUUUCUCAUGUGAGGGUGAAGCUUGGACAAAUGUGUCCCAGGAGGCCAAAGACUUGAUACAAGGGCUUCUCACUGUGGAUCCUAAUAAACGAAUUAAGAUGUCAACGUUAAGAUACAAUGAGUGGCUCCAAGAUGGCAGCCAGCUUUCUUCCAACCCACUUAUGACACCAGAUAUUCUGGGUUCAGCAGGGGCUUCUGUACACACACAUGUGAAAGCUACAUUUCAUGCAUUUAACAAGUACAAGCGAGAAGGAUUUCGUCUCCAGAAUGUAGACAAAGCACCACUGGCAAAGCGCAGGAAGAUGAAGAAGACAAGCACAAGUACAGAAACACGAAGCAGCUCUAGUGAGAGUUCACACUCCUCCUCCUCCCACUCGCAUGGCAAAACUUCACCUGCAAAAAUGUUGCAGCCAGCUAAUCCUUCUGAGAGCAAUAACCCAGAGGCCAUCUUCCAGUUUGCAGACUAGAAAAGGAGGCAAUCCUCUGAUUUUAACAAAACACAUUCUUGGGGAAAAAUAUGUUCAACAAGCUGCAAUACACAGCAUGUUCUGAAUGUUCCCAAGUAAUAGGUGAUCCAAUUUGUAUCAGUUUCCUGGUGUUUCUUAGGAACCCUUCAUAGUGCAGGGGUUUUGGCAGAAUUGUUGUGGCUGAUAUAGAAGCUUAUGUUAUGGGUUUGGUACUGAACACCUUCCCUGACCUUUCUGCCAGGCAAGAAGGAAACACCUUAAAGUUUUGUCCACCAAGGGCUGCUGUGAACAAUCGUACUUUUUGCCUUAUAUAACCACUUUGCUGCCAGUGCAGCCCCUUAUUGCAGUGCUGAGGUUUGUAUGGCCUAUUAAGAGCGAUUGUCAAGCUCACUUGUGGCUUCUGUUUAGAUGCCAUAUUUUAACUGUCAUUUAUUAUAUCUUUGAGAAAAUAUAAUAUACUGUAACAGGUGGCAAUAUCCUAUUUAUUUAUUUUGCCCCUUUUAAUAGUACAUUGAAAAGUCCUUGAUUUCACAAAGAGAAAACUGCUCAAAGUUGAGUGGUGUCUACUAUGUUCUUUUAUUCUUUGGUGGGUCCGCUAUAACAGCUCUAGAUACAAAAGUCAUAUUUAUAAAAGAUCACAUAUUCUACUGCCUGAAAGCAAUUUAAAAUAUACUGUUUUAUAUUAAUUUUCUUUUUAAUGCCCUGUUCUUACAGAAGAGGUUGCAGUGAUUCUAUGAUAUAAAACAAUGGGCAUAUCAGCUGAAACCCUUUUCUGAACAUAUAUGCAUUUUAUGCUUUUUUUUUUUAUUUUACAAAUAUUACAGUUGUAUUUUUCUUUUUAUAACCUUGCACUGUGAGUUUCAAUAACGAUUUAUUUAUUUUUUUCCUUCAAAAAAGGCACUUUUUACUAAGGGAGGUUUAGAUCAUGUUUCUUUUGUACAUAUUAAAGUCCAGUAGUUUUUGUAUUGUAAUGGGAAUAAUAGCGGGAACGUAAAACAUUUAGCUUCAUAGAUAACUUAGCAAUCUUUAUUGCAGAUUUGUUAGAGGGUCAAUAACAAAAUAUGGAAAUCCCCUAUUAUAUGUGAUCAAUGUGUAAUUUAUUGGAACAAAAAUACAUUUGUAAUGGGAAAUACUUUCACUUUAGGGUU